GAAAGUCUCCCGCGAUAAGAUUAUGUAGGAGUGGACGAGACGCCCAGCAUGGCAUCCACUCUGCCACUCACUCGAGCUUUUCUCUUCGCCGAUGCUUCCAGUCAUCUACGCCGGAACUGCCUCAGAAGCUUUGCUUUCUCUGCUGCUUUCUCCUCCGACAGCGUUCACUGCAAGAAAUGGAGACACCCGGUCUCUUCACUUUCUGAACUUGGCGGAGUCGCAAUUGCGAGAGAUGAUGUUGUGAGAGAUGAUCCUACGAACAAUGUCCCCGAUAAUAUUUUUUCAAAACUUGGUGUGCAACUCCACCGAAAAGAUAACCAUCCACUCGGCAUUCUGAAGAACGAGAUAUACGACUACUUUGAUACAAAUUACUCAAAUAAGUUCGAUAAAUUUGAUGACCUCAGUCCAAUUGUUUCUGUGAAGGAGAAUUUUGAUGAUGUGUUGGUUCCAGAAGAUCAUGUAAGCCGAAGUUAUAAUGAUACGUACUAUAUUGACUCACAAACUGUCCUGAGAUGUCAUACAAGUGCUCAUCAGGCGGAGCUGUUGAGAAGUGGAUAUACUCAGUUUCUUGUGACAGGAGAUGUGUACCGUCGGGAUUCCAUUGAUUCAACUCACUACCCUGUAUUUCAUCAGAUGGAAGGUGUCCGUGUUUUUUCUCUAAAUGAUUGGGAGGCAUCCAGCACAGAUGGAACAUCUUAUGCAGCUGACGACUUGAAGAAAUGCUUGGAAGGUUUGGCAAGGCACUUAUUUGGUGCUGUGGAAAUGCGAUGGGUUGAUACAUACUUUCCAUUUACGAACCCAUCAUUUGAACUUGAGAUUUUCUUUCAGGAGAAAUGGCUGGAAGUAUUGGGAUGUGGAGUGAUGGAGCAAGAAAUAUUGAAAAGAAGUGGUAAAGAGAACAAUGUUGCAUGGGCUUUUGGACUCGGAUUGGAAAGGCUGGCUAUGGUUCUUUUUGAUAUACCUGAUAUCCGUUUAUUUUGGUCAGCUGAUGAGCGAUUUACCUCUCAGUUUUCAAAGGGCAAACUAGGUGUUAAAUUUAAACCGUUCUCUAAGUUUCCACCUUGCUACAAGGACGUUAGUUUUUGGAUCAAUGAAUCUUUCACCGAGAAUAAUUUAUGUGAAGUUGUUAGAGGAAUUGCCGGUGAUCUUGUUGAAGAGGUGCGAUUGAUUGACAGUUAUACCAACAACAAGAAGGGGAUGACGAGUCACUGUUACAGGAUUGCUUACCGAUCUAUGGAACGGUCACUCACGGAUGAAGAAAUCAAUGAUUUGCAGUGGAAUGUGAGAGAACAGGUUCAUAGCAAGUUGAAAGUUGUCUUGAGAUGAGCAUCGGACAUGCAACAAUUUCAGUCAAACCCAUGUAAUGUUAUUUCCUUUUUGCCUGCUCUACAACUGAAAUUUUAUUCUGUACACAUCUGAACUUUUUUAAAUAAAAUUUUUCAAACUGGGUGAUAGGAAGUAUAAGAGUAUAUAGUCCAGUUAAAUCCAUGAAAAUAAGCAUCAACAGUUGAAGUGGAGAUGUGCUGCAAGCUAAACUUUUUUUAAUGCGCAAUCAGUUUCUUUCCCCUA